AUGCAUCCUGGUAGACCCUCAGCUAGUGGCAGUGGAGGAAUGUCUACUGAGCAGCUGCAGAGAAUGGAGGCAAACAGAAGAAGAGCUCAAGCCAAACUAACAGCCAAGAGAGUGGCUCCACCCCACACUGGUGUGCAGGGACCUCCUCCUGCAAAGAUACACGCUUACACUACGUCUGCAGUUACAACAUCAAAGAUGGCGUCUACCUUCUCUAGUUCGAGUUCCUAUGACAACGUUAGAUCUCAUCCUAAUUCUGCUGAAGCUAGCCGCUCAAGUUCCAGUGCCAGAAAUCAAGUACAAGAAUCAAGAUCGGCUAAUCCUCUAAUAUCACACCAAGGCAGCUCCAGCAGCACAAAGACGCUAUCAUUACCAAGAACAGGAACAUUACACAAUGAACUCCCAUCAUCAAUGACAUCUCAAACUGGUCUCCAACAACCACCAUUUUAUUCCAAACCGUCCACUCCUCACUUGUCUACAUUGUCCCAUAACUCUCCUCCGAAAUCGGCACCUAAUGUUCCAGUAAAUUCGAGAAUUCCUCCGUUCUACUCUAAGCCACCUCUGAAUGCACUUCAUCCCAUCACCUCGGUACCGGAUGCUUCCAUUAAAGUGGCAGCAGCGAUGAGCUGCAAGCCGCCACCAUCACUACCGCCUGACCACCCUCCCCCUGUGAAGUGUACCCAACUGAGAGACAAGAAGAAGGCACGGGUUUGUAUGGUGUCCAGGACAAGGCUGGAGGUCAAGGUGCAGUACGAUCAUGACCUCAUCGAAAUAUUCAAGAAGAUGUCUACAAGAGCUUACAAUACCAAAACGUCCUUAUGGAGCUUUGGAAUAGAAGACUACAAUUCACUGGUUAAAGCUAUCCAGAGCAGCUGCAAGCAUGUGGAGUUGGACCUAAUACCCAGACCUGUCAUAAACCUGUUCCUAUCACAGCUACAGGCACAGUCCCAUUCCAUACAGGCCCAGUCCCAUCCCAGUGUCAUUGACUGGAGCAGGAUUGAGACAAAGUUGAGCACCGCUCUGAUGGAGUUUCAAAAAGAAGGAGUGGAAUACUCGAUCAAGCGUGAUGGCCGAGUGUUGAUAGCUGAUGAUAUGGGACUAGGCAAGACACUUCAGGCCAUAGCCGUCAUGUCCUACUACCGCUCUGAUUGGCCCCUCCUCGUAGUGUGCCCCUCAUCAGUGAGACUCACCUGGGCUGAGGCCUUCAAAUGAUGGAUUCCUUCACUGGUGGAUGCUGAUAUUAAUGUUAUCCUAACGACAAAGGGGUGUGGCUCGUUCUGCCUCGUGAAUAUCAUUAGCUAUGACUUGCUGGUCAGAGAGCGCAGUACUCACAGCCAAGGAUGCAACACAAAAGACUCUGAUGGACUGUUUCAGGGAUUUGGUAUCAAAGUCUGAAAUGGACCAGCUAUCAAACUUUGACGAUACAUUGGAACUAGACACACCAGGUACUAGUGUGUCAUAACGUUAUAGUACCAUACCACAGUCACUCAUUUAAUCACUACUUUAUUUAUUACUGCUUCACUGGAAUUCUUUUAUUAAUACCGCUCAAUUUCUGUAGUUGAAGUUUCAAAGUUCAAUGAUUUUUGGCAUUGCUUUUAUAUCGAAAAGUUCUUAUGGAAUCAUUAUUGGUUAUAACUGAA